GCGAGGGCGCGUUGUGCGGUUGGCCGCGGGCGGCUCGCGCGCACCUGCCGGCGGGGCUUGCCGCCUACUGCGCUGCCGGCGUCUCCGCCUAGCAAGUUGCGGGUCCCACAGGACCUGGAGUGCGGGCUCGCGGGCCCCGGGAUGGCGUCGGAACCGCGCUAACUCGGUUUCUUCUUGGACCAAGAUGACUGAUGGAAACCUUUCCAGCUCUACCAAUGGCGUCGCCUUGAUGGGCGUUCUGGACGGCCGACCGGGGAACCACAUUCAGAGCCUGCCACACGUGCCCCUCAGGGCGCCCCGAUCCCUCUCAUUGCCUGAGUACGGGCCCACGCUGAAACUGGGGGCUUUAGAUCAGCAGAGCCUGACGUCGGUGGACUCCGGCAUUCCCACCCUCGAGAUCGGCAACCCGGAACCUGUCCCCUGCAGCGUGCUCCAUGCGAAGAGGCAGCCGUCCGAGUCCGAGCUAGUCCCUGAGCGGGCCUGCCAGAGCGCCUGCCCGCUGCCGUCGUACGCGCCGCCGGCUGCCCCGGGCGCGGAGCAGGAGCCGAGUGUGCGCAAGUCCUCCACCUUCCCCAGGACAGGCUACGACGCGGUGAAGCUCUACAGCCCCGCCGCCAAAGCCCUGAGCCGCGGCGACAAUGUCUCUGUGUGCAGCGUGUCCAGCCUCAGCACAGAGCUGUCAGCCACGCUGUCCGUCAGCUACGAGGACAUCUUGGACCUGGUGGUCGCCAGCAGCUCCAGUGCCAUCGUGACUCUGGAGAAUGACGAUGGCCCACAGUUUACCGAUGUCACCUUGAGCUCUGUCAAGGAAACCCAGGACCCACAGCGGCAGGAAUGUGUUGACGCAGUGGAGGAGGGGAGGAAAUUGAAAAUCUUGGGACCGUUCAGUAGCUUCUUUACAAGGAAUUUGCUUGCUAGAAAACAAAAUGCAAGACUUGACAAACAAAAUGACUUGGGAUGGAAGUUAUUUGGAAAAAUACCACUCCGAGAGAAUGCUCAGAAAGAGUCAAAGAAAAUACAAAAGGAAUAUGAAGACAAGGCUGGACGAGCUAGCAAGCCACCGUCUCCAAAGCAGAAUGUGAGGAAGAACCUUGAUUUUGAGCCACUCUCCACCACCGCACUCAUCCUGGAAGACAGACCAGCAAAUCUCCCAGCGAAGCCAGCUGAAGAAGCUCAGAAACACAGACAGCAGUAUGAAGAAAUGGUGGUUCAGGCCAAAAAACGAGAGCUGAAAGAAGCCCAGCGGAGGAAAAAGCAGCUGGAAGAAAGAUGCAGAUUAGAAGAAAGCAUCGGGAACGCUGUCCUUACUUGGAAUAAUGAGAUUCUGCCUAACUGGGAGACAAUGUGGUGCUCCAGGAAAGUUCGAGAUUUAUGGUGGCAGGGAAUCCCUCCCAGCGUGAGAGGCAAAGUCUGGGGCCUGGCCAUUGGCAACGAGUUAAACAUCACCCAUGAGCUCUUUGACAUCUGCCUGGCCCGAGCCAAGGAGAGGUGGCGGUCCUUCAGCACGGCAGGCUCUGACGUGGAGAGUGAAGAUGCCAGUUUUUCAGCAGCAGACAGAGAAGCCAGUCUGGAGCUUAUUAAACUGGACAUUUCCAGAACAUUUCCUAAUCUCUGCAUUUUCCAGCAAGGCGGCCCGUACCAUGACAUGUUGCACAGUAUUUUGGGCGCGUAUACUUGUUACCGACCGGAUGUGGGCUAUGUUCAGGGCAUGUCCUUUAUAGCGGCAGUGCUGAUCUUGAACUUAGACACUGCAGAUGCCUUCAUUGCUUUUUCUAAUCUUCUGAAUAAACCCUGUCAGAUGGCAUUUUUCCGUGUGGACCAUGGCCUUAUGUUGACCUAUUUUGCUGCAUUUGAGGUAUUCUUUGAAGAAAAUUUGCCGAAAUUAUUUGCUCAUUUCAAGAAAAACAACUUAACUCCAGACAUCUACCUAAUUGAUUGGAUCUUCACCUUGUACAGUAAAUCAUUGCCCCUCGACCUGGCCUGCCGCAUAUGGGACGUGUUCUGUCGUGACGGGGAGGAGUUCCUGUUCCGCACGGCGCUGGGCAUCCUGAAGCUGUUCGAGGGCGUCCUGUCCAACAUGGACUUCAUCCACAUCGCGCAGUUCCUCACCCGGCUGCCCGACGACCUGCCCGCCGAGGACUGUUUUGCUUCCAUAGCUGCCAUUCAGAUGCAGAGCCGAAACAAGAAGUGGGCGCAGGUGCUGACUGCCCUGCAGAAGGACAGCCGGGAUAUGGACAAAGGCAGCCCAUCUCUCAGGCACUGAGGCGGCAGGCGGGUGCAUGUGCGGCGGCGAGGCAGCGCUCCAGGCAGCACCGGUGUCGUUUCCGACGGACGCGCUGGCAGCCGAGCAGGGCUGCUGGCACGUCUGAUCCUAAUAUUGGAGCUGGCCUUAAACACGACAAACAAUUUUCAAGAAUUCAACCCAGGCUGAGCCUUACGAAGCUCCGUGGAUAGUGACCUGGUGUUGUGGGCUGUGGCCAACCACUGCAUCUCCUGCAUGGUUAAAAAUAGGGCAGUGGCUAACUCCCUCCCCUUCCUUCAGCAAAGUUAAUUAAACCGUCAUGCUUUCCUGUCGACCCCUGGAAAGGACAUUAUAAUCUUUCUAGCCGAGGUGCCCGAGAAGGGCUUUGGGAGACCUCAGAGCUGUUACUGGCUCCUGUUUACCUGGUUGUGUAAGAAGGAGACUGCUGAGUUCGUUAUCGAGAUAAUCUUUCCAGAAACGGAGGGCGUUAUAAAGCCCACCUACCAAAGAUGCAUUAGGGGAAAGUGGGCUCGCAGGAUAGUCGUGGACACGUGCUCAUGGGCGCCUUGGACCCGGCCUGACUCUCGGGUUGACGUUGUACCAUGUUGCCUUGACACGGUUACAGUACGAGGGCUGGAGAUGCGUGCUGAAGGUCUGGGGGGACCCUGCGCUCCCAGAGAUGGCUCCCUACACCUGUUGAGCAGAGGUGGAAAGUUCGAGCAGGAAGAAGUGUUCACACAGAUGAAGGCCAUGACAGCAGACAGUCUUAAAGCUGAUGGAAAGAGAAUGGAGACAGCCCUCUCAGUAAAAGGGGAGGGGCAGAGGCUGUUAAGACCUGCUCCCUCUGGCAUCUACUCGUUUCUGUGCAGGCUGGGGACAUCACGAUGUGGGGGGGGGGGGCAGGCGGCUGCUCCCUCGCUCUGACAGAAGGCACCUCUGUCCUUUGUCACCUGAAUGGCAGGACCAGCCCUGAGUGUCAGUGUUCCCCUCCUCACGCCUUUGGCUCUAACAGAGUGUUUUAGGGCUGAGGAACGAGCAACACAUCCAGCGGCCCAGAGAGCCUUGGCAGAGUUCUCGGUAUCUGCCAGCAGCCUGUCCCCAUUUUAGCCAGUGUCCCCAAGUUCACUAGCACCUGUUUUGUUCUAGCUUUUCCUUGAUUAAUUUUGAGAACUUUAUAUCAAGAAUUUUGGUUAUCCAAAUGCAAAAAAAAUGAAUAGUUUUUGCACAGAGUAGUCCAAAGGACAGACAGAUUUCUAUGGAAACAGGUUCCCACGUGACGAUCCGUUGGCGUGUUGAUCUCUGCGAGAGCUGGGUGGUCCAGGUUCGAGGGCACCGUUAGUGACACGGUGCAUGCUGCAGCGUGGUCUGGCAUCCCCCGGUCCUUCUCAGCCAUUCUUCCCACCCCCGGGGAGUGUCCCAGGAUUGCUCGUUUGUGAUGUUGGGCGCGCCCUUGGCUCUGAGAGUAGCAGGCAUGGGGUGAGGGGUGAAGCCUGACUGGCGUUACUUUAUAGGUUUCCUCCAUCUGCCAUCUCCGCAGAUGGCACUUCUAGGUGAGGGGCAGGUUGUCCUCCAUCCCAGCUCUGUUGUGUGUGUGGUCUUCCCGAGAUCGCCUUUGUUCCCUUAUCUCCUUCCCGGAAGUUGCCAGGGAGCUUGCAUAUCAUCACGGAUCCCACUUUCUGCCUCAGCCUUUAAAUGCUGGCUCGCCCGGCCUCCGGGAGGACGGUUCUGCCUUCCCCAGGCCUCGGCAGCCUUCCAUCGCAGCUGUUCCCUGACACCACACUGCUGAAUGUAACCCAGGCUGAGCCGGGCAGCCGACCUCGCCAGUGUGCCCAGCUUCGCUCCAUGACGUGGGCUUUCUGUUCCUGAAAGAUGUACAUAUUUUCUUACUGUACAUAAAGAUGUCCCUUAAGUCGUGACAGAAAGCAGUGCACCGGGGCGGCGUGCAGUCCCCUCAGCUGCACGCGGAACGGCUCGUGCAUUCCCAACACAGCCCUUAACACGUUCUGUCCAACAGUUUGACGUAAAUCUCUUUGGAGAGCACCAUUUAUGCGUUAAGUUUUUCAGCAGGAUCCCAUGCCAAUCUGGAAUACUUACCAAAUCUCUGGUUCAGAAGAGGUUUUUAUGACCAGUGCCCAGAUCCCAUGAGGUCUUGCUGGUUUGCUGUGCCCACUUCAGAGGCCAGGAAGUUCUAGGUCCCCAUCCAGAGCCACGCGACCCCCUGCACAGAGAGAGAGGGCUGCUGCAGACAGAGCACAGGGCUGGCUCUCUGUGUGACAUUGUCGUUGAAGAAAACUGGAAACAAACCGAAAUGCUGCACACUUCGGACAUCUGCACUUUCCACUUCCCAGGCCAGAUUCGCAGAACCUCAGACUUCAGGGUUGGGACCUCGGUGCAACUGGCACUUUAGAGGCGAAAGCUGCGUCCCUACCAGCCCUUGAAAUCUUGUCCAGAAACAAGGUUCACUCUAAGAGGUACUUUUUAACUGCUCAGUUUUGACUAUUUUAAAUAGUUUGCUGAUAGAAAACUCCUGAUGACACUUGCUACAUAUCAUGUUUUAAUUGCUUGUACAGUUAAACUUUAAUUUUAUUUAGUAAAGUAUCAAAUUAGAACUUUUUGGAUUGUAAAUAUGUGGUUUUAUUAAAUAAAAGUCUUGUAAAAUUGUUACUUCUA